ACGAAAAAUCAAGUGCCUGCACUUCUUGGACUGCGAUACAUGUGAAGUCUGGAUAAGAGGCUUCCAUAGAUGCCCAAAGUUACCUCCCUCUUAUAAAGUAGAAGAUAAUCAUCCACAGAUUGUCAGUAAUAGAACUGGAUAUAGACCAGGCGAGAUGUCUGUGAGUUCUCAAAGUGGAAAAUGUUUUGAAAAUAAAUCUUAUCUUUAUAUGCAUGAGAAAAUUCACAAGGAUGAAAGGUCAUUUCCAUGUUCAAAAUGUGAAAAAGUUUUUAAUACAAACGGACAUCUUGUUGAACAUAAAAGAAUACACACAGGAGAGAAGCUGUUUCCAUGUCCAGAAUGCGGGAAGCAUUUUAAGAGUAAGAAUUAUAUUGUGAUACAUCUGAAAACUCACACAGGAGAGAAGACAAAUUGCUGCUCAGAAUGUGGAAAAACUUUUACUCAAAAAUCACAUCUUAUUCAACAUCAUAGAAUCCACACAGGAGAGAAGUCACAUUCAUGUGCAGAAUGUGGAAAGUGUUUUAGUUAUAAAUCAAAUCUUGUGAGACACCAGAUUAAUCACAUUAGGGAUAAUCCAUUUUCAUGUCCUGACUGUGAGAAAAUAUUUGAUGACAAAACAAAGCUGGUUGAACAUCUUAAAAUUCACACAGGGGUGAAGACAAUUUCAUGUCCUGAAUGUGAGAAAUGUUUUCGUCACAAAUCACACUUUGAUAUACAUCUAAUAACUCACACAGGAGUGAAGCCAUAUUUAUGUACUGAAUGUGAGAAAUGUUUUAGUCAGAAAUCAAGUCUUAUUAAACAUCAAAAAACUCACACGGGAGAGAAGCCAUUUUCAUGUUCUGAAUGUGAGAAAUGCUUUAGUCAGAAAUCAAGUCUUACUGGACAUCAGAGAAUUCACACAGGAGAGAAGCCAUAUUCAUGUCCUGAAUGUGGGAAAUGUUUUUAUCGGAAAACACAUCUUAAUAUGCAUCAGAGAACUCACACAGGAGAGAAACCAUAUUCAUGUCCUGAAUGUGAGAAAUGUUUUACUGAGAAAACUGGUUUAAAUAAACAUCAGAAAUCUCAUACAGGAGAGAAGCCAUUUUCAUGUCCUGAAUGUGGGGAGAGUUUUACUGAGAAAUCAAUACUUAUUACACACCGGAGAACUCAUACAGGAGAGAAGCCAUUUUCAUGUCCUGAAUGUGAGAAAUGUUUUAGUGAUAAAUCAAAUUUUGUUAAACAUCAGAGAAUUCACACAGGGGAGAAGCCAUAUUCAUGUGUUGAAUGUGGCAGAUGUUUUAGUCAGAAAUCAAGUCUUAUCAAACAUCAGAAAACUCACACAGGAGAGAAGCCAUUUUCAUGUCCUAAAUGUGAUAAAUGUUUUAGAGAUAAAUCAAAUCUUGUGAAACAUCAGAGAAUUCACAAAGGAUAGAAGCCAUAUUCAUGUGUUGAAUGUGGCAGAUGUUUUAGUCAGAAAUCAAGUCUUGCUAGUCAUUAGAGAAUUCAGAGGAGAAAAGACAUAUUUAUGCACAGAAUGUUAAUUUUUUUUCAAAUUUAAAAUUAAUUUUGUCUAUCAUCUGAGAAUUCACAAGGGAGAAGCAAUAUGUGUCUAAUGUCCAAUUAUCACAUAUGAGAACCAACUAAGGUGACAAUCCA